CUUUCCUUUUAUCAACAACAAAAACAGUGCUAUUUUGUGCCUCUCCAACUUGCAAUAUAAUUGGUGGCCUCUUCUUUCAGAAUAUACCAUCUUUUGCCUAUAAAAACACCAAAUUCUCAGCCCUUUUGCAGACUGUGAGUUGCAACAGCAAAUUGAACUUCUCCUCCUCUUACCAGAUUUCUCUCAACUUUCUCAUAAUUUCCUCAUCUCAUCCACAUAUAUAAAGCUCGUAACUGCAAAAAUGGAUGGGAAGAAGCUGAGUUGGACAGUGGCUGAUGCAGUGGACUACAAAGGUUUUCCGGCAGACAAGUCCAAAACGGGCGGUUGGAUUCCUGCUGCUCUUAUUUUAGGAAUUGAAAUAUGUGAAAGGCUGUCAACGAUGGGAAUAGCAGUGAAUCUUGUGACGUACUUGGGUGGUGUAAUGCAUCUGCCCAGUGCCGCUUCAGCCAACAUCGUUACAGAUUUCAUGGGAACUUGCUUUCUCCUCUGUUUGCUUGGAGGCUUUCUCGCAGAUUCUUUCCUUGGCAGAUACUACACCAUUCUAGUCUCUGCCUCCAUUCAGACGCUGGGGACUGCUGCACUUGCCUUAUCAACAAAACUGCCACAGCUUCGACCGCCUCCGUGCGACGACAGCACCAAAACCUGCAAGGAAGCAAAUGGGUUUCAAAUGGGGAUUCUGUACCUGGCUCUGUAUUUGAUUGCUUUGGGGACUGGAGGCCUAAAAUCCAGCAUUUCGGGGUUUGGGACCGACCAGUUCGAUGAGAAAGACGAGAAGGAGAAGGCUAAGAUGGCCUACUUCUUCAACAGGUUCUUCUUCUUUAUCAGCACGGGGACUUUAAUGGCGGUCACGGUGCUGGUUUACAUUCAAGAUGAAGUGGGUCGGAGCUGGGCUUAUGGGAUUUGUUCUGUCUCGAUGCUGAUCGCCAUUUCGUUGUUCCUUUCGGGGACUAGGAGAUACAGAUACAAGAAGAGCGCAGGGAGUCCUGUAGUUCAAAUUCUCCAAGUCAUUGCUGCUGCAAUGAAGAAGAGGAAGCUGGAGCUUCCUCAGAAUGUUGGGUUGCUUUAUGAGGAUUCUUCGAACCAGGACUCAAGAAUCGAGCACACAGAACAAUUCCAGUUGUUGGACAAAGCUGCAAUUGUUGCAGAAGGAGAUUUUGAGAUGCAUGGAAUGGUUUCCGCUCCAAAUCCAUGGAAGCUAAGCUCGGUGACAAGAGUGGAGGAGGUGAAAAUGAUGGCAAGACUGCUGCCAAUAUGGGCCACAACCAUCAUCUUCUGGACUACAUAUGCCCAGAUGAUCACCUUCUCUGUUCAACAAGCAUCCACCAUGGAAAGGUCAAUUGGAUCUUUCCAGAUCCCAGCAGGCUCUCUCACCGUCUUCUUCGUAGCAGCCAUACUAAUCACUCUGGGCGUCUACGACCGUCUUAUCAUGCCUCUUUGGAAGAAAUGGAAAGGAAAACAAGGUUUCACAAACAUACAGAGAAUGGCCAUAGGCCUUGUCCUGUCAAUACUUGGAAUGGCAGCCGCAGCACUGGCUGAGAGGAAACGUCUGGCAGUGGCAAAAGCAGUAGGGGGCGACACGGCUACUUUGCCUAUAAGUGUGUUCCUGUUGAUCCCACAGUUCUUCUUGGUGGGAGCAGGUGAAGCCUUCAUAUAUACAGGGCAGCUUGAUUUCUUCAUAACCAAGUCCCCCAAAGGGAUGAAAACUAUGAGUACUGGUCUCUUCCUCUCCACUUUAUCUCUCGGGUUCUUCAUCAGCAGUUUCUUGGUUUCGGUUGUGAAGAGCGUGACCGGAAACGGUGGACAAGACUGGCUUGCAGAUAAUAUAAACUACGGCAGACUCGACUGCUUCUAUGGACUUCUGACCAUAUUAAGCGUCAUAAAUUUUGUUUUGUUUCUGGUAUGCAUUAUCUGGUACAAGCCACAGAAGGGCAAGGACAUGCAGAUGAGUAGCAUGGUCAAUGGCUCCAUGGCUGAAGAGAAAUGCUAGUGGGAAUUAUAAAAAUUAAAGGUUGUGUAAUGCUUUGGCUUUCUUUUCAAUUCUCUCCUGCGCUCUAAUUUAUCAUCAAGAGUUUGGAUUGGGAAUGUAUCAUGUGUAUAAAGUGUAUCUGUUUGUUUCAAAGAUGUAGCCAAUGUCCACAGACCUUAUUUUCAGUCAUUUUUGCCAGAAGUCA